GCAACGUGGUGACGUAACGUGAUGACGUAACACAGGCAACCCCGUCCGGCUGACUGUCAGACUUUUUUCAGCCAGAAGAGCAACAAGACGUCUCCUAAACAUGGCUCUAAACCGGAAUCACUCGCAAAACGGCGGCGUUUUGAUAAAUAACGGAGAAAGCGUUGUAAGGGACUGUAAGAAUGUGGAGCUGUCGUUCAGCGAUGUUUCCUGUAAGACAGACCUCCUGAAAGGGACCAAGAAGGGCACCGUGUACCUGACACCAUACAGGAUGGUGUUUGUGUCCAGUAACAUUAAGGACUGCAUGGGGUCGGCCAUGUUCCCGUACUAUCUGAUGAAGGGCUGCAGCAUCGAGCAGCCGGUCUUUGCAGCUAACUUCAUUAAAGGGACGGUGUCGGCCGAGCCUGGCGGUGGCUGGGAGGGUCAGGCCCAUUUCAAAAUGUCGUUCCCAAGCGGAGGCGCCAUCGAGCUCGGGCAGCAUCUCUUCAAACUGGCCACAAACGCUUCUCGUGCUCCCCCGGCCCAGAACGGCGCCUCCUCUUUCGGGUACCCAUCUCCUGGAAUGAUGAACGGCUACGGCCCGCCUUCUCAAGCUCCUCCCGCCUAUCCUUUCCCCCCUCCUCCUCAGCAGAAUGGAUUCUACCAAGGCCCUCCCCCGGCGCCAACCAACAUGGGCUACCCCUCUCCAACACCUGCUGCAGGGAUGUAUCCAGCUGGUUUUGACUACAUGGCCCCUCCUCCCCCGUACCCUGGACCGCCCCAAAAUUGGGCUGCACCCCCUCAGAGCUGGGCAGCCACAGCCCCCCCACCACCUCCAGGUAACUCCAAGGCGGCUGAAGCAGCAGGCAGUGCAUACUACAACCCGAACAAUCCUCACAACGUCUACAUGCCCACGGAGCGGCCUCCACCAUACGCUCCUUUUCCAGACUCUCCUGAGAAGAAGAACAACUGAGGCUCCAACUCGCCCACUUCAAUAACACUCACUCUCUCUCUCUCUCUCUCUCUCUCCCCCCCCCCCCCCCCCCAGUCUCUUAACUUUAUCCUGAAGAAAGACAUAACGUUGACUGAAGGAUUCAGACUGAAGAAGCUCACAGAAAGAUGAUUCACAAAUAUUAAAAAGAGUAUUUUGGACACCGGGGCGAUCAAAUCCUUCAAACACUCUUCUCCUCUUUCACUCGAGCUCGUGCAGUCGAUCAUAUGAACCCUCCUUCAGUUGUUGCUUUCAUUUCAAUCUGUGGGAUUUCUUGCAGGAGGGCGAGGACACUUUGAGGGUCUGAGAGCAGGAGGCAUUAUGGGGAAUGUAUUUUCUAAGAGAUUUAGCGACAGAACUUUCGGAGAAUAUCUCGACGACAGUAUUUCUGCAGUUCUUUCAGUUUGCUUUGAUUGUUUCUUUUCCGUCUUCUGAGUUUGAAUAGGAAUAUAGCCGACUGAUUCUUAGACUACAGAAACCUCAUGUUUGAUCAACACGAUGUUAUAACACAUCCCUUCUUUUCAUUCUUAGAGUGUGUUUCUUUCAUAAUUUAAAGAGAAAGAGUUUUUAGAAAGAGGAUCUGAAAGACGUCUUCGAUAACAAAUCGGUGUGUGCAAUAUGUCACCCCACCGCCC